AUGGGUAAUCUGGAUACUGUGACUUUCCUUGUUAUAUUAGCACUAGAGGCUAUUACUGGAUUAUUCUCCAAUUUCUUUAUCAUAUUCUCACUAUCUGGCUGCAAAAGGAGCAAUAUUGUCACCAGCGACCUCAUCCUGAUCUCUUUGUGCAUUUCUAAUGUAUUAUAUACAAUAAUAAUGACUGCAAACAUUCUAAUUAACUUAAUGUGGCCACAAGUUAUACAACAAAUUUAUGUUUAUCGUAUAAUCGAUUACACAACAUUGUACAUCAUUACAUCCAGCGUGUGGCUCACGGCCAGUCUAAGCUUCUUCUACUUUGCAAAAAUCGUAGACAUUCGGUCCCGCGUGCUGGCAUGGGUGAAGAAGAAGAUCGGUGCGGUUGUCCGGGGGAUGAUACUAAUGGCAGAAAUUGUUUCUCUUUGUGAAAGUUUCUUAUCACUUCUUAUUUCCACCCACCAACCGGCCCAGCAGAACUCAUCUCUAAGUGCAGCAAAUGUCACCUCAGAAACCAAUGAACCUAGUCUCAGUUUUAUGAACAUUGUCCUAAUUCUCAACACUCCACCUGCCCUUGUUGCAGUAAUAGCCACAGCCAGCAGUGCCGGAUACCUCAAGCUGUACGACCGGCAGAUGAAGAGGAACAUGGCGGCAAAUGUUAACAUGAAUAUAAAAGAUUAUCAAAGUGCUGUUCGCACCAUGGUGUAUCUCAUAGCUUUCUAUACAUUAUUAAUCAUUGUUAUGGUAAUUGUUGGACUGGAUGUGUUUGCUGACAAUAGUUGGGAACAUUGGAUAUGUAUGAUGAUUCUCUCUUCAAUCGGUGCAGUCCAGUCCGCCAUUCUCAUUCACGGUAACCCUAAGCUACAGCAAUCAUUGAAAUGGAUAAUAACUCUCUUCUAUGUCUGA